AUGUCAACGAUGCUCGUAGCUACAAAAGGAGCCGAUCCAGCAACAAAAAGCACCAUCAAAGACCUGAGCAACAUGAUAGACUCCGUUGUAGAGAAUAAUUUUGAUGUUAGGAAGGAGGUGUCUCUUCUUGUGAAAUACAUGGAUGUGAAUGACUGCAAAAACACAGUAUUUUUUGAAAUAAGCAAAAGGGCACGCAGACUCUGGAUAGCAACUCCGUCAGUAACACUGAAAUUUGGUAUCCUGUCACACCAAAGUGUAUUUGAUCUAUCUACCAUCAAUAACUACCACAAGAAUGCAGGACACGUGAUUCUGUUUACAAAGGAUUUUGAAGAAAAUGAAAAAUUAAAAAUAGCCAAAACGGCGCUAGAAACUGCAUUUAAAUGCAAGGAGGAUGUUCAGAAAGAGCGGGCGCUAUGUUUCUUUUAUUUGAACGGAGUCGUAUCUAUCAGAAACUAUUUGAUUAAAGGCGUGUCUGAGAUUGGACCAAGAAUAGAUUUGGAGCUUGACAGGAUAUUUGAGGGAUGUUUCAAAGGCAAGAGGAUAGAUGAGAGCAGCCAGUGA